AGCCGCGUUAUUGUUGGUGUCAGUGGUGCUAAUGUUAGCUUCCGACUGCUAGCCCCACAAACAUUAUACUCUCUAUUAUUUUGAGACAUUAAUUCACAGAAAACCUUUGGGGCACAAAAAAUGCAUAUUUAGAAACCCUAGUCUCGCGUGAAGUAUGUUAUGGGGACAUUUUAUAGUGCUAUUCGUGCCUUGUUUUUCAUUCCGCUACCGCCAGUAUAACGGAAACUAGUUUAUUUUUAGCUGCAUCAAUUUGAAACAUCGUUCGAAUCCGUGUCUCUAGUUUUUAAUCUAUUCGUAUCUGUGUGUGGAGAUGUCAGAGCUCUCUCUUAACUGGUCGCAGAGAGUCCUGGAAGCGGAGGCGAGAGUAAGAGACGGAGGUUUAUGUAUAUAAACCGGAGAUAAAGGAGGAUGAUUUCACGGUACAACAGGAGAUCUGUAUCGCAGAAACUGGAAAUUCGUGGAUUAUCUCGAAGUAGCCUUGAUCAUCAUCCUCUUCCCGAAGAAGCAGACGAUAAUCAACCUCCUCAGCGCUACCUCCAUGACCUGCAGGAAUCUGUACACACACACACCAGCUCAGAGACGUCUGCUGCCUCAGGCCACUCUGACUGUCCCACCGUCAUCUCUGUAGACUCCAACCAGUCCUGGUCAGGUAUCCACAGCUCAACAGGAACUGGAAUAUCCACAGAAAGGAGCUCUGUUUUCUCCUGGGGCUACGAUGAGUUUGACGAGGCGGCGUCACGGCAAGUGCAGCAAAUGUUUGAGGAGAUCGACAAAGAGCUGUAUGAUGGGAGAGGAAGUGGGGGAGGGAUUCUCCAGGGGCUGCAGGAUGAAUGUCAACAGUGGGCCACGCGUUUUCCCCAUCUCCGCAUCCUGGGGACUCAGCUGCUGCACCCCAGCGACGAGGGCUUUCAGUGGUAUGCUUCAUCAGGGAAAAGAAGCUCUGCAAACAGGCCGUCAUCCGGCGGAGAGAGCACUGGGAAGUCCCAGGAGAGAGAUAAAGGUGGCGCAGAGUUGAAUGUGCAGGGCAGGAGAGCUGCACUUAUCAAGUCUUCCUCAGCGGAGUUGGAUGGACCCACUGGUACCUCCACCACCUCCAACAGUCAUGACAAGCCAAGAGUGAUUGAAGUUGAGGGCGUGAUGGAGGAAUACUUGGCUUUCGAUUGCAGGGACUUGGAUGACGAGUGGGACCAGGAUUGUUUGGAGCCGGCCCGGAGACACCACUGCCUCCCCCCGGUCUCACCCUACCGAUGUCGCCGUCAGGCGGUGGUUGACCUGCUGUUCGAUGACGUGUGGCAGCAGGUGGUGGGCUGGAUGAAAGAGCUGGUCCAGCGUCAGUGGGAAUACUGCACCUCACAGGAUGAAAAGCUCUCUGGGAGCUUGAGCCCCGUGCAGCAAUACCCCCAGAAUCCCUACAUGCUGCUCUCCACACCGCCCACAACGCUGCCCAGACUUGGCCAGAGCCGGGUGCCCCCGCUCACCGCUGGCCUCCAGUUUCAGAACACAAAGUCGAGGGGCUCAAAGCACAAGUCGAGGCGGAAAUCCAAAAAGCAGAAAAAGCCUUCCACUGCGAGGGUCCCGACGGGAGCGGCAGCCACCCAGCACAACUUGAACGACCUCAUUGUGAUCCACAGCAUCCCCCUGCAGCAGAGGAACCUGGGCGUGCUGGAGAGGAACCAGGAGCCAGAGGAGCGUGCGUCGCACCGGCCGGCCUCCAGCCUGGUGCCGUCCAGCAAACCCCGUCCUCGCAGAGCCCUGGAGCAGAGCUCCUCGUCGCUGACGCGCCCCCCACAGUCGGCCCGACGCAGAAACCCGCCUCCCCGGACCCUCCUGCCGUUGGUUCCCAGCCUGACUCAGUCCUGCGUAGCGGGAUCCAUGGACGAGGUCAUCCGCGGGACACGUCUACCCACAGCCAGCGACCGGCUGACUUCUCCACUGUGCCCCUUAAGCCGAAACACACUCCUUCCCCCCAUCGGCACCGGGGAGCCAGAGGCGUCUCACUCAGGGCAGCAGUCGAAAACUGCACAGCGCCAGAAGGGCCCGUCCAGCCGAGCCCACAGCGCCAUCAACAACGAGGCCGGCGGUUCGAUACCCAGAGAUCGUCACCACCUGCUGGACGUCUUCUCCCGUCCCAACACGACUCACACAUACAGGUCGGACACUCCUUACCGCCGUUCCUUCACAGUAUUGGAUAACAUCGGGCAGGGGCGGCCUGGCAGAGCCUCCGUGGCAACAGACUCUCUUGGAAUCGGCGUGACUGGCAUUAGUCUUGGCAUCAGCAGCUCAUCUUUCUUGGACUCCGUUUCCCACCACCCCUUGGGGCACUCGCCCAUCAAAGAUGAAGAGGAGCCCGAGCCACCGGCCCCCGUCCCAGCUCCACUGGUGCCUGUGUCUGGCCCGCCGCGAACACACACCCGGGGAGGCGUCUCAUCCAGAGCCAGCAGACCCGCCUUGUAGGCCAGACCUCAUCCCCGGAGCCUUCAGCCAUCCGUCUCUCCGCAGUGCAACGAAGAGUACACACCCUGCAGCCUCUGUGCCCACCAGACAGUCUUGUUUUUACAGAAGUAGCAGACUUUUUCAUACGACGCUGCUGCUUAGGAUAAGUUUUUGUUAAAGGCCUAUUUUUGUAUUUCAGCUCAUGCGGCUGCCAAACAAAUCAAGGAUGACAGUAACUCCACCUUCAGAGUAUGAGCCGUAUGUGUUGACCUUUAUACUACGUGUGUAUGACGUGAAUGUGUAUUUAUUUGGACGUGAAUGUACUGUGUGUUUCCCCUGCGACGUGGUGUAGUGCUGGUUAAUGACUAUGCAGGGAAUGACAUCCUCUCAGACGGGAACAGAGGAUUAAAACGCACUUCUUCCUCUUCUUUGAUGCGACAUCAGUUUGGUACUGUAUCUUUUUAUAGAGAGGUCAUUUUCAGCUGCCUGGUGCAAAAAAAUAAUGUAUUACCAUCAUUGAACACUAAAACAGUAGAAAGCACCUUUCUCUGCAUUGGUAGUUUGCUGGAAAUCCUGAAUCAGAGAAACGACUGGGGCUCUCUUUGUUUUGUUUUUUUUUGAGCGAGGACGCUGUUUUUGUAAAUAACUUAUUGAUCAUAUCUGUACAAAAUGCUGUAUUGUGAUAUUUCUUUCCGUUUGAUCUGAGCAAGGCCAAGUUUGGAUGCUUUAAAGGCUGACUGCAGGGUUACUGUACAACAGGUUCAUUUUACAUUAGGAUAAAAUAAUCAGACAGCAAUGCCACAACGGUGAUAAGGCUUGAAAAUAUAAACUUUCUCUUCAAUGCAUUUUUAAAAAAAAUGUUUUUUAUACAAAACAAUAAAUAAUAUACUCGAUAAAUACGA